AUGCCUGCCCGAAACCCCACCGGCUUCGACAUGGCCCAAUUCAAGGCCGCGGCCUCCCCAUCCUCCGCCUUCGCCAAGCGCGAUCCCUGGGCUCGCAAUGAAGCAUGGCGGUAUUACGGCCCCUUCAGCCGCUUCAACCGCUUCAAGGGCCUGUUCCCGGGGUUCGGCAUCGCUACUGUCGCUUUUGCGGCAUACUGCACAUAUGAACACUUCUUCCUGAAGGACGACCACCAUCAUGGUGACAACCACGGCGAGGGCCACCACUAG